CCACUGCGCCAUGACGGAAACUCCACUGUUUUCUGAUUUCAUGUUCAAAGGAUGGCAUUAUUACUUUGCUAUUUUGGGGAAGCAACUCAUCUUGGUUUUCAUGUAGUGUCUAUAUAUGUAGUCUAGUUGGAAAGGCAUGGAAAUACCUGUAAAAAUUAACAGUAUCAGUCAGGUAAUUAGAAUUGAAACAUUAGAUUUUUGGAAGUCAGCUCAUGUCUAGCAGAGGAAAUCGGGAGGGACAUUUGAGCUGUAAAAAACCUUAGAGAUCAUUUGGUCUGAUUCUCUUUUCACAGACAAGAAACCAGUCCAGUGGCCACAAACCCAUCUAUGAUAAUACCCAGACUUCCUACUCCCUAAUCCCUUGUCCUUUCCUGUAUACCUUGUUGCUUUUGUAGAGGAGAUGGAGUUUGGCUUUACUCUGUCAAGUCCUGAAUAAGAUUUAAAUAGGCUGAUAAUGAUGUGUGUGUGUGUGUAUAUAAUUUUAGGUGUAAAAAGCAACACUGUAAAUGUUAACUGAGGUUUAUGAUGUUUCAGAAGCAUUUCAUAAACUUCGUCUUAUGUAACCCUUCCAACUCUGUAUGAACUAGUAACUAUUACUAACCCAAUUACAUAGAUGAGAAAACUGAGAUUUAGAAUUGCCAGAGUCAAAUAGUUAAUAUGUGGAAGAUCUGGGCUUCCAACCCAGUUCUUUCUGACUCCAAAGCCUACAUUAUUGCCUCAUUUAAUUCUCACAGAAACUUGUCAGGUAUCUCUGUUUUACAGGUAAGGAAAUUUAGGCUUAGAGAGAUUAAGAAACUUUUAUCAAUUGGCUAAUUCCUGUACUUGAAACACAAGUGACAGACUUACCACUAAAAUAUAGCAGAUUUAGUAUGCAUGUUUAUUUCUGUUGACUCCUCUCUAAAGAAUAGCAAAAGCUGGAGUUCCCACCGUUGUGCAGUGGGUUAAGGAUCUGACAUUGCUGCAGCUGUGGCGUAGGUUGUGGCUGCAGCUUGAAUUCUAUUUCUGGCCCAGGAACUUCCAUAUAUUGCGGGUACACCUGAAAAAAAAGAAAAAGGAAAAAAAAAAAAAAGAAUAGUGAAAGCAUAAGACAUGUGGACAAAGAGAAGAGGAUCAGAGAUCAUAAUGAAAGAAGCCAGCAAAAUUCUGGAAUAUAGAAACUCAGUGGACAAUUGGUAACGGACUCAGCAGAGUCAACAGAGCUGAAUUACUAAGUCAGGUGGGGAAAGGGCAAAAAGAAGCAAGGUGACCUGCCUCUAAGACCCAGGAAAUAAGUGGGAAUUGGAUUCCCAAGAUGCCUCUACAGGCAGAGAGUAGUCAGCAGCUUAAAACUAAAUAAUUGUUAGACGGUUUAUUGAAGGAAUAUUUAGGUACCGUCACCCAUCUCCACCCCGCUCCUCCACUCCAUACCACCUCGAUCCCCAUGCCAAGCUGGCCUUAGCAGGCAACUGGUUUUUCACCAUUGCAACAGAAGAUGGAAGACAUAAUCUUUGGAAGUUGAACCACAGACAUUUGGGAUGCCAGACAUAGCUGAGGUUGGGUCUAAGAUACCUCCUUGAAAAUACGAGUGUCAAGAGAAAGUCUCCCUAUUAAGUCAGUUUCCUUUUCCUGCUACACUCCGGAAAUGUAGCAGGAAAUACUCCCAGAAUGCUCUUAGCCUUAAAUGUUCUAAGAAGCAGGAAAUACUCCCAGAAUGCUCUUAGCCUUAAAUGUUCUAAGAAGGAGAUAAAAGAAAUCUAGUCUAGGGACCAAUAUUUGAGGGCUCUCAGUUCAGGUUCAUUCCAGCCACCUUAAGGUGGUGUGCCCAUCAGUCAGCAAAUCUCACCCAUGCAUGUAGAGAUUCCAAUUAAUUUUUUACUCCUUUUAAUAUCAACAGUCAACCAGAUAUCACUGGCCUUUUGAGAAAGUCUUAUGAAUAGACUUGACAAAAUGUAUUAUGAACGCACAGAGCCCAAAACACAGGAAGUCUGAGGAAGCAGAAACAAUGCAGGUCAAAGAAGAAAACUUCCCCCCAAGAUCUAAUAUUUGUAACUAAUAUUUUUAGGGAUUUUACAUUCAUUAAGGAAUGCCAUUCAUUAAGGCAUGCUUUUAAAAACAAACAGAAAGAGAACAAGAAAGCUCUUGAGAUUUAAAAUAUAAUCAGACAUUUUUAAAAAUCAGAAAAGUUGCAAGAUAAAAUCGAGGUAGACCAGAUAGUAUAUAACAAAAGACAAUGAAGUAGCUUAAAUGCAAGACAAUUAGAAGUGUGAUCAAAGAAGCCCAAUAUUUGACUAACAUGAUUUUUAGAAAUAGAGAAAAAGAAUGGGAAGAUUCUCAGAUAUUCCAAGAGAAAUUCCAGAACUGAUGGAUAUGAAUUUCCAUAAUGAAAAGGACUAACCAGCUUAAUAGAACUUUGUGAUGGCAAAUUAUAAAACUUUAGAACUCUGGGGAUGAAGAAAAAUCUAAAAGCUACUUGGUCUGGAGUAGGGAAGUACAGAGAGAUGUGAAUAACAUUGGACUUUCCACCACCUUGAAGCAAAAAAAGAAUUGGGAAUAAGUUCAAAAUUUUAAGAAGUGAUUUUUAACCUAGAAUUUUAUGCCCAGUUACUUUCAUUGAGGUGUUGAUGUAAAAUAAACCCAUUUUGAGAUUGGGGUGGGAUGGGGCAAAAUAUUUACCUGUCUUACAUUCUCAGGAAGUUACUGAAGGUUAUACUUUCUCAGAAUGAGGGAUGAAAUAAAGACGAAGAUAUAGAACCCAGGACAGAAGAAGAGUGAAGAGAAUUCCCAUGAUGAUGGUGAAAGAAAGCCCUAGGAAGUUACUGUGCAGCACAUCUAGAAAAGAGCUAGUCCAAAUUGGAGUAGAAGAAAGAAAGGCACUGGAGGAGUCUCCCCAGGACAGCGCUAUCACUCGUGAUAUUAACCGGACAUUCCCAGCCCAUGACUAUUUUAAGGACACAGGAGGAGAUGGACAAGAUUCCCUAUAUAAAAUAUGCAAGGCUUAUUCUGUGUAUGAUGAAGAGAUUGGCUAUUGCCAGGGCCAGUCAUUUCUCGCUGCUGUUCUGCUUCUCCACAUGCCUGAGGAACAGGCAUUCAGCGUUCUGGUCAAGAUCAUGUUUGACUAUGGCCUCAGGGAACUUUUCAAGCAAAACUUUGAAGAUUUGCAUUGCAAAUUUUACCAGUUGGAGCGCCUCAUGCAGGAAUACAUUCCUGACCUGUACAACCACUUCUUGGACAUAAGUCUUGAAGCACACAUGUAUGCCUCCCAGUGGUUUCUUACGCUCUUCACCGCAAAAUUCCCUCUCUACAUGGUCUUCCAUAUCAUCGACCUGCUUUUAUGUGAGGGAAUAAGCGUCAUUUUUAACGUCGCCCUUGGAUUAUUAAAGACUUCCAAAGAUGACUUGCUGUUGACAGACUUUGAAGGUGCCUUGAAGUUCUUCAGGGUUCAGCUUCCUAAGAGAUAUCGCUCAGAAGAAAAUGCAAAAAAACUAAUGGAAUUAGCUUGCAACAUGAAGAUCAGUCAGAAGAAGUUGAAAAAGUAUGAAAAAGAAUAUCACACCAUGAGGGAACAACAGGCCCAACAAGAAGACCCCAUUGAGCGAUUUGAGAGGGAAAAUAGACGUCUCCAAGAAGCUAACAUGAGAUUGGAACAGGAAAAUGAUGACCUAGCCCAUGAGCUGGUGACCAGCAAGAUUGCACUCCGAAAGGACCUGGAUAACGCUGAGGAAAAGGCAGAUGCACUGAAUAAGGAGCUACUUAUGACCAAGCAAAAGUUAAUUGAUGCAGAAGAAGAGAAGAGAAGGCUAGAAGAAGAGUCUGCCCAGUUAAAAGAAAUGUGUCGUCGGGAACUCGACAAGGCAGAAUCUGAGAUUAAAAAAAACAGUUCUAUCAUCGGUGACUACAAGCAGAUUUGUUCUCAGUUGAGUGAAAGAUUGGAGAAACAGCAGGCUGCUAAUAAAGUGGAAAUUGAGAAAAUUCGGCAAAAAGUAGAUGACUGUGAGCGCUGCCGGGAAUUUUUCAACAAAGAAGGACGCAUAAAGGGCAUCAGCUCGGCCAAGGAAGUUUUAGAUGAGGACACAGAUGAGGAGAAGGAAACACUCAAAAACCAGCUGAGAGAGAUGGAACUGGAACUGGCACAAACCAAGCUGCAGCUGGUGGAAGCCGAAUGCAAGAUCCAGGACUUGGAGCACCAUUUAGGCCUUGCCCUAAACGAGGUACAGGCGGCCAAGAAGACGUGGUUUAACCGAACACUGAGCUCCAUAAAGACGGCAACUGGCGUUCAAGGGAAAGAGACUUGCUGAGAGCAGCUGCUGCCUCCAGACUCCUUCAGAAAACACGACACCUUUUGUUGCCUUCUUUGGCCAGAUGUGUGAUUCUGUGACAUGUCCCAGGACCAGAAUGUACCUAAGUCAGAUCCAUAGAAGCAUGUCGGUAGUUCACUGGACCAGAGCUCGUGAAGCGGGCAGCCUCAGCCGUGAGGCUCUCCUAACUACUGAUACUAACGGGCCUGCCGGCUCCCCUGGCGCUCUGGACCCUCGAGAAAGUCACUCCUCCACGUGACCUCCCAGGGCUCGUCCCAGUUAGGUCAGCUCCUCACCCAGCUCAGUGACUGAGGUGACAUUUUCAGAGUUUGGGCAUCCUUCAGGCUACUGGUUUUUUUCUAAACCUUUAAUCUUUUUUUUUUUUUAAUAUACAUAUUAUAUAUAUGGGGAAGGGGGGAUCAGUAACUCAAAUAAUCCUUAUCUGCUUCGGUGCCAGCAGGGGGUCCUCUGGGUAGACAUGCAGAAGCACUUUGUUUUAAACAGGAGGGUUUCAUGGUUGUAGUUGAAGCCACCUCGUCGUGUUAAACUCUAUGAUGCACACAGGUUUUGGUUUGGCAUUAUUCAUUUGUUUCUGAUCAAUUCUAUGCAACUCUCAUGGUUCCUGUUGUUUUUAGUGUUAGCUGCCAAAUCACUCCACAGUGCUGGGGCUGGUGACUUGACUGACUGUGCGACUGGAUUAAUCAUAAUGUGGACAAAUCUUAUUUUGCUUAAUGUGUCGUGUGUGUGUGUGUGGGUGUGUGUAUAUAUAUUAUAUAUAUAUAAAUAUCUUUUCCCGAUGCACCCAGUUGACAGUGUUUAAACCCCGGACUAGGACUGAUCUCCACAACUUAAUUAGGUGGUUAUUUGGGCACUUAAUUUCACUCAAGGUUUGUCAGGCUCUGCUCUGCACCUGCUGUCGUGAGAGCUGUGAAGAGCUCUCUCACUUCAAGGUUUCGAGUGUUUUUGCACAACAGGUCAUACAAGUGAGAAAGACUCCGAGGGCGGUGUGUGUGUGCGCGUGCACGCGUGUAACCAUGAGGAUGUGCAGGAUGCCCCAUCCUGCUGGCCUGCAUCCCUGCCUGGAGACCUAGGCCCCCCCCCCCCCCCGGGGUGAGGCUGGGUGCAAACCUCACUGUUCAGACGAGCUGCAAGUUCUCACUUUAGAAGUAUGGAAUGGAGGGUUUAGCACCUUUUUUUUUUUAACAAAAUAACGUUAGCCUUUUAAUUUAUAUAGUGAUACGCUGACAGGCUGUCUCGCAGACGACUUCCUCGUCUUCUCUGCGUGCAGUGUGGUUCCAAGAGGCACUGGUUUGUAUAUAAAGACACUUGGGUUGUUUCGUAUCCCGUUUCCUGUCGCUGUAUGAGCGCCUGCCAAGGGCCCCUGUGAUAAGGGAGGCAACAAGCGACAACCCCUGACCCCCGACCAUCCCCUCCACUGCUUUCUGUCUUUCUUGUUCAGUUACCAAAACCGCUGUAAGCCCAUCUAAAACUAGGUGCGUGGACAUUGUGCUAGAUAGCUGCUGUGUGUCAACUUUAUGAAUUGAAAUAUAAACCAGUAAACUUGUAUUACUA